CUCGGUGGCUUACUGGACUAGCAUUUAUUGUGGGCUGGAGGGAAGGGGAACACGAAGCUUUUGGUUCCGAGUGGAGGAAGCUAUAGGGUUUGACGUUUUUGUGUCUCUCGGAACUGGCUAAUUUCUGAUGUUUUGCUCUGAUAUAACAGCACACGUUUAUUGACAAAGGAACUAACAAAUGUGUACCCAAAUAUUUUCAUUUAGAAAAAUACGAUAUACUGUACACAAUUUUUAAAAAGCUUAUUACAUCCUUGAUGAGGAAGUGGAACGGUUGUGCUCAGAUUUGAAAAACGACAUUCGUUUGACAAGGAAGAAGAUUAAGUUUUCGGAUGGUUAUCGUUUGCCGAGUUCAUUUAGAGGGGUGGGGUGACCGAGUGUUGAUAUCAGGCUGCGAGGAAGGAGUUUACUGACCAGAAACUGCACAUUCAGCAGGGUGGCUGAAUUGCCAAAACAAUUCGAGUCCUACUGAAAUCGAUUAACGCUUGAGAGACUGGACAAAAGGACACAGAAACGAAAAAUAUUUGCGGAGCAAAGGUCGGCGAGAUUAAGUGUUUUGAUGAAAAGAUGACAAAAUCGGCAGUAAUUUAUUGCCACCAGCUGCCUUUCAAUUUACCGAAGACCGCAACUUGCAAAACAAACUAAUGUUUAUUGUAACGCGUGGCCUAUUUUGAAAUCUGAACAUCUUAUAGAAUUACAUAAGGGGGAGGUGAAAACGGACGUGUGAAACCAGUUACUCUGGGAGUAUACGUUUGCCUUACAAACGCCAAGAAGUGAAAAUACAGGUUGUUGUGCACCUGGUGGAGCUGCUGUUUUUCUCAACUCUUGUUUCCAACAUCUGUCUCCACGUAACUUGCUUACGGCUCAACUGCACUAUCUGACUCUUGCCUUUUUUCUUCCUAAGAUAUUACAUUUUAUUCAGGAUUUGUGUGUUGAGAGUGACAGCAGCGAUCUCACGAUACGGCAAAGUUGUUCUUGGCAGUGGAGCUUUCUGGGGAGGCGUGUUUGAAAACCGACUGGGAUUUUUGUAUGGUUCUGCACUUGGUGCAUGUGACAGGAAAACAUUUGCUUCCUGUGUUUGCUGGUUACUCUAAUGAUGCAAUUCAUUCUGCGUACCCUUUCGGGAGGAACUUUGUACACCACCGUUCGGAAAUAUUAAAAUAGCACCACUAUACAAAUGUCGUCGAUGUUCUUAUGCCUUUAAAUGUGUAAAAAUACAUUAAAAAUGAGACUGAGCAGGCAAUUCACUAUAUUUGGAAGUGCCAUAUUCUGCGUGGUGAUCGUUUCCUUGUACCUAAUGCUCGACCAUGUUCAGUUCGAUCACCCAAAGAACGUGAAGAAAGGAGGGAUAUUUCCAAAUGCACAGCUUUCAAUUUUGCAUGAAAAGAUUGAUCACCUAGAACGUCUAUUAGCUGAAAACAAUGAAAUAAUUUCAAACAUUAGGGACUCGGUUAUUAAUUUGAGCGAAUCUGUGAAAGAUAACCGAGGGGACUUUGACACUUCAAAUUCAAGUAAAGGAUUAUCCUCUGAAAUCUUUGGAUCCUCUUUUUCUGUUAUUCCUAUUGAACCAGAGGAUUGUCAGUUUGCCUCGAAGGGCUACACAAAAGCAUCAAAUUUACAAAUGUUGGAUAUCUACAACAUUCUACCCUUUGACAACCCAGAUGGCGGAGUUUGGAAACAGGGCUUUGAUAUCACUUACAAUGAACAUGAAUGGGAUGAUGAGCCACUGCAGGUCUUUGUUGUGCCCCAUUCACACAAUGAUCCUGGUUGGCUGAAAACAUUUGACGAAUACUACAAAGAUCAGACCCAACAUAUCCUGAACAACAUGGUGGUGAAGCUACAAGAAGAUGUUCGCAGGAAAUUUAUCUGGUCUGAAAUUUCAUUCUUCUCAAAAUGGUGGAGCACGAUAGAUAGCCAGAAGAAAGAUGCUGUCAAAAGGCUUUGUGAACUGGGCCAGUUUGAAAUAACAACAGGGGGCUGGGUGAUGACUGAUGAGGCUAAUACACAUAUUUAUGCAAUGAUUGACCAGCUGUUUGAAGGACAUCAGUGGCUUGAGAGGAAUUUAGGAAUAAAACCUAGAUCAGGAUGGGCUAUUGAUCCAUUUGGGCACACACCUACUAUGGCAUACCUGUUAAAACAGACAGGUAUUUCAAAUAUGCUAAUUCAAAGAGUCCACUAUUCUGUGAAGAAAUAUUUGGCUAAACAAAGGAACUUGGAAUUCUUUUGGCGACAGAAUUGGGAUCAGAAUGGAAACACAGACAUCUUAUGUCAAAUGAUGCCCUUCUAUAGCUAUGAUGUUCCUCAUACUUGUGGCCCUGAUCCUAAAAUCUGCUGUCAGUUUGACUUCAAGCGUCUUCCUGGAGGCAGAAUUAGCUGUCCUUGGAGGAUACCUCCAAUUGAAAUACAUGAUGACAAUGUUCAGGAAAGAGCCAAACUCAUCUUAGACCAGUACAGAAAAAAGUCCAAACUUUACCGCACCAAAGUGGUUUUGAUUCCUUUGGGGGAUGAUUUUCGCUACGACCAAUUGUCAGAGUGGGACCAACAGUUUCAAAAUUAUCAGAAGCUGUUUGAUUAUAUGAACUCCCAUCCAGAGCUCCAUGUUAAGGCUCAAUUUGGAACAUUGUCAGAUUAUUUUGAUGCUCUCCACAAAGCUGCUGAUUCAGGAAAUUCGCCAUCGCCAUUUCCUGUCUUGAGUGGUGAUUUCUUUACCUAUGCAGACAGAGAUGACCAUUACUGGAGUGGAUAUUUUACCUCCCGACCCUUCUAUAAGCGAAUGGACAGAGUUUUAGAAUCACACCUGAGGGCAGCAGAAAUCCUUUAUUCUUUAGCAUUAGUGGGUGUUCAGAAAUCCAAUAAAAUGGCAACGUUUCCUUCAUCUGAAAAUUAUAAGCUGCUCAAAGAAGCAAGACGAAAUCUUGGCCUGUUCCAACAUCAUGAUGCGAUCACUGGAACUGCUAAAGAGUGGGUCGUUGUGGACUAUGGGACCAGAUUAUUUCACUCAAUAAUGAACCUGAAAAAAGUGAUUGGUGACUCAGCACAUUUUCUAAUGCUGAAAGACAAGGAAAAUUACAAACACGUACCUUCAACACCCUUUCUUCAGAUGGAUGAUAGUCAAGCCUCACAAGACUCAUUACCUCAAAGAACAACCAUUGACUUAAGCUUAAUACCCAGGUUUCUUGUGCUAUAUAACCCAACAGACCAGAACCGCAUCUCUGUUGUAACAGUACAAAUAAAUUCACACAAAGUAAGAGUGCUAACUGCUUCAGGGCAACCAGUGGAGGCGCAGAUUAGUGCAGUUUGGGACAAACCCACCGCAGUUUCCAAAGAAGUAUUUCAGGUUUCCUUUGUGGCACAGAUAUCAGCUCUAGGAUUGGGGCUGUACCAGUUAGUAAAAGCUCCAGAUAUCAAAACUGUGCCCGCUGAUUACACUGUAUACCUGAAUGGAAGAGAGGAAAUAAGCAUUGACAGUCCCUUCAAGAUCAAUGUGUUGAAAAGCCACGCUGGUGAUAUCACUUUUGAAAAUUCAAAUUUGAAAGCUUGGUUUUCGGGAACUAAAGGAUUCUUGGAGAAAAUAAACACCAAGGAGGAUAAGAGAGAACAUCAAAUAAAUAUUCAGUUCUGGUGGUAUGGAACCACAAGUAACCGGGAUAAGAGUGGUGCCUACCUCUUCUUGCCUAAUGGAGAAGCCAAGCCAUAUGUUCCUUCGGAACCUCCUAUUUUGAGAAUAACGCGUGGCCCACUUUUUUCAGAGAUGGUAUGCAUCUACCAACACUUCACACAUUCAGUGCGGCUCAAUAAUGUGUACGGGAUUGAUGGGCUGUCACUGGAGAUCUCUAAUAUUGUUGAUAUUAGGGGUGAAAUAAAUCAAGAAAUUGCUAUGAGGCUGAUCACAGACGUCAAAAGCAACAAUCAGUUCUACACUGACCUGAAUGAUUUCCAGAUGCAGCCAAGGCAGACUUUGAGCAAAUUGCCUCUUCAAGCUAAUUUUUAUCCUCUGACGACAACAGCGUACAUUCAGGAUAAUGACGUUCGUGUGACCCUGCACUCAGCUCAGUCCUUGGGAGUUGCUAGUCUAAAGAGUGGCCAGCUGGAAGUCAUAAUGGAUCGCAGACUGGUGCAGGAUGACAACCGUGGCCUGGGCCAAGGUCUCAAGGACAAUAAAAUCACAGCCAAUUUAUUCAGAGUUUUGUUGGAGAGAAGAAUUGGAGUAGAUAUGCAGGAUGAAGGUAAUAAGGCAGUGAAUUAUCCCUCUUUGUUGAGCCACAAAAUAAAUUCCAACCUGAAUCACCCAGUCAUUCCAAUGGUUGUGAACCCAAAUGUAGAUGGAAUUCCUCCAUUAUUGAACUUAUACAGUCCUCUUAUGUCAUCCAUGCCAUGUGAUAUGCACAUACUUAACCUGAGAACAAUAGAAGGAAAGGAUGAAGGGAGUCCAUCAGAUGAAGCAGCCCUGAUCAUCCACAGAAUGGGUUUUGACUGUCGAUUUUUAAACAAAAACACUGGGCUUUUUUGUUCUACCACUCGAGGCAAGAUUCCUGUGCAUAAUCUCUUUAGAGAAUUAAAAAUUCAACACCUAAUUCCAUCAACUUUGACUUUGAUGCAUACAGCACAAGAUCACAAUAAUACCAGAGAUAUAGAACUGAAUCCAAUGGGAAUAAGUACAUUCAGAAUUCAAUUAAGUUGAUCUUAUCAUCUCCUGAGAUUGCCAAAUGAGUGGUUUGAAGAUCAUAUUGCACACAUUUUUGUGCUUGCAGUUAUUGCAACUAAACAGAAAAGUAAACUAUGUCCAAGACCAAUAGUGGAAAAGCAUUUUCAUCUAACUUUGUGAAAAAAUUGUAAAGUUAUAAAAGAUUUAAAAAAUUUCAAGCAAAACUAAAAAAAAUUGUGAUGACAAAUUACAUCCUUACAUUAAUGUAAUUCUCGGGUUAAAUUUUCUGCAACAUGCCUAACUUAAUAAAAUGUUGUCAGUAUUUCAAUUAAGUAAAGAAAACCAGUGAGAGUCAUUCAUUUAACCUUCACAUUACUAAGGAGAGUUUAGUUUUUAUUGCAUUUAUUGACUAGUCCCCAAUGUUAAUUUAUGAGCAUGACCAAAAGGCUUAUCAAAUUCCUAUGCGUGAGAUGAUGCUUUGUUGAGAAAAUGUAAUCUUAAAACUGCUAAAUCUGAAUUUCUGAGAUAUAUAAGACGAGGAAUAAGAGACCAAGAUGAAGUCUGAAAUGAAAGCAGACUUCAAAUUUAACACUGGAAUAUUUUUUAAUUUGAAGUACAGAAUUAUUGAGCUGUUUAGAAUUCUGUCUCAAUACAUGAUUAGAUGGGAUAAGUGCAAUGCUUCAACAGUCAGUUGUAAAGAUAAACCUACUACCUACAUGAACAACUAACAAGAAGAUUAAAUUAUAUGUUAGUAGAAGGCAUAGGGAGGAUUUUAUACCCCUACACCCCCAAUAUAUUUGCAGGUUGGUAAGGGGGCAUGUAAAAUAGGACAGGUGGCUAGCCUUUCCACUCAUCCCCGAGCUGUCCCCCAAAAUACUACGGGCAGGUAAGGUAUCAGCCAGCCACCCAUCGUUAGGCAUAUUGAGGGCCUUAACUGACCAACUAAUGGCCAGUUAAGGGUCUGUUUCCGUCUCUGUUGCAAUAGGAUGUGUGGCUAGAGAAAGCAGAAUGAAGGAGGCAAACCCGCACUUUCACAGCCUCGGGUUGAAAGGUGGGAAGGAAUGGGGGGUAGUUUCCUCCUUUGGAGGUGCCCUGAUCCCCUGGGUGACCCUUCCCCCCAAGAUGGCACCCCUCCCCAACUUUGUGCCUCCCCACUGGCCUCCUAAACCUGAACCUCUACCCCGCCUCACCUGGGGUCCCCAAUCCCUCCCCAACCAAAAACCCCAAACUAACCUGUUAAUCCAGCAUCCAUGGAUCUUCUCUGGUCUGAUUGCAGCCCCAGCAGUGUCCAAUACUGGAUCUGGUGCUGCUGGGACUACUCAGCUGCCAGCCAAACAGAUUGGCUGGCAACUCUUGAGGGUGGGACUUUCUUUCCUCGAGGGGCAGAAGUCCCACUUUCAGCUUAUUAAGGCUGUCACCAGCGUAUUAUCACUGCAGUUCACCCCUGCCAACAUUAGUCAGACUGGAUGUUGUUCUGUUCUGAAGUUGCCACUUGCGAUUCUGUGCCUUACAAUGAUAUUACAGAUUAUAUUUUGCUGUACUGUUCUCUUUGCCCAUAUUUUGUAAUCCAGUCUCAUAGUGGGAUCUUUUGUACCUUAAAAUUUGAAUUUCAUUAAAAGAUAAGUUGUAUGGUGGAUACACUCAUGAAAGGUCAUUCAGUUCAUUUUAGAUCAUCUUUCUAGAAAUAAUGUAUCACCUCUCAUCACAGCAUCCAACUGCCUCCUACAUUUUCUUUUGCCUCCAUUACACUGUGGAGAAGUCCUCUUGUUCCUUAUAUCAAUCCUAAAUUUAUUUAAUCAAUUUGAACUUCCGUCCUUUCCUAUAUCAUUUAAUAUUUCACAUACUUCUACAAGCCAUUCUUGCAGUCCCCAAUGAAGACUGAAGAAUUCAAGUAUAUCCAGUCUUUCCUCUUUACAAUCUGAUGGUGCUAGGGAUCUGUCUUGCAAUUCCUCUCUGCAUCACCUAUGGGACUUGAAUGUUUAACUUGUAUCUCGAUAACCAAAACGGUACUGAAAGUUUAAUCUCAUUUAACAGGGUUGUAAAUUCAAAGAAUGUUUAAUGAAAUUACCUGCAUGAAAUAUCUUUUCAUCAUUAAUUUUCCAUUUUUCAAUGACCAUUUGAAUGUACAUAAUGAUGUGAGAUAAUUGGGUGUAAAGGAGAAAUGCUAUUGACUCAUAUUCUCAAGGCAAAUAAAUGUAUUAGAAAAUUUUACAUGAAGUUGUAAAUCUUUUGAGUUUUAAGUUCCUUGCAUGAUUUUGCCUAAUGAAAUACCAGGUGCAUUUUGCUUUUAAAAAUGCUGCAAUUGACUUAUUUUUCUGCUUUUAAUGUACAUUCAGUUUACUUAUCUCGGGAUCUGAAAACAUUGUCAAGCAAUACUUGCACAAUGCACAUUGACAAAACAUUUUUUUUCAAUUAGUGCUGUAAUACAUUUGCACUUGUAUAUUGCUGUGACUACUUUUGCCAACACCUGCUAAUGUUAGUAUAGUACUAGUCAAUUUGCCCUGCACUAAACAAUAGUAAAAGAUGUCUUGUUUGUGUAAACUGGCUGUUUUGCUUGAAGAGGCACCUUGUUUGGAAAAAAAGUAGAUAUUUGAUAAAGUUAAUGUGGCUUAAUCUUUAUUCACAAGCAAUUGAUUAAUCUGAAUGUUUUUUUGUUUCAUUUUUGCACAUGCAUUUCUUAUACUCUUGUGUUAUUUGGUACAAUUUUUUUUCAGUUUCAUGGGUUUUGUAUAAUUUCAGAUUUGUAUGCAAAGUUUAUCUCACACAAAGUCAUUGCAUUUACUCUUUUAUAGCAGAUUUUGGUAUUCACCUUGUAAAGAGAAAUAUUGAUAGUAACAUUACAAAAUGUAGUUUCAGAUUUUUAAUUAUUACCAUAACCCACAAAUCAGUUAUUAACAAUCAGUCUAGUAAUGGCAUCAUUUAUUAGUGAAAAUCAUUUUUACAUAACCCCUUAACUAGCAUAAAUUUAUACCUAUGUUCAUACAAAUUUUGUAUAAAGCAGCACUCUAUUGCUUUAGAACAAUACAAUCCUUACUAUUUAUGCAGUAAUCAAAAUUUCAUUUCAGUGCAACUGUAUAAAAAUACAGUUCAAUAAAUGCAACUCUAUAUUUAAUUUGAGAAUACAAUAUUGUUACAUAAUAAACAAUGAACUUCAAACGACAUUUCAUACUGUUUAGGGUACAUUAUUGAGGUUUUCAGUGUAUGCUAGUAGAGGGGCUAAUAUGAUCUGAAGUCAUUUCUUACAACUAAUAAAGUUAAUUAUUUUUAUACCAUUACAACAAAAAAACUCUGACCUGAAAGUGCAAAGUAUACAUAAUAUUUAGCAUAUUUAAGCACAUUAAUAUUGUGUUGAAAACUUAUAAAUUAUACAAAAAUCAUCUCUCCCAAAUCAAAAAUGAUCAGAUACAGUUCUGGAAGGCAAUUUAUUUGCCAUGUGUAUAACUGAUCAAAUGUGGUAGGAAAAAUAGUUUUGUGCAACUGAAAAGUUAUGCACUUUGGGGUUCCAUAAUUUGUUAUUAUAGAUAUUUUUUAAUAUACACUCUAUUAAGAUGAUUUUCUACUAGAAAUAUCUGUAAAAUGUUACCUUUAAAAUGAUAGUUUUUAAAAGUGUAUGAUCAACUUAUGGCAAUGAAAACGUUUUGAACGAGUUGUGCAUUUAUAGAGGGACAAAGGUAACUUUCACACAUCUUACAAAUGAUGUGGAACUGGAUGAAAUGAAAUUGAAAGCUUUGCUGUUUUGCAUUACUAUGUCUUAAGAGUAUGUCAGUUUAUAAUUUGCAUUUUAGUACUUCGUGUUGUACACCUUUACAAUAAGGUAUAAAACACUAUUUUUCAAAUGUUUAUGAGUUUUUCUAAUUUUUGGCAAGAAAAUAUUCUAUUAAAUAAACGGAAUAUUCUGCUUUA